AUGCGUCGUAUACAAUCAUAUGAAUCUUAUCAAAUAGUAGCUAUUAGAAAGAAACCAGAAGAAACAUUAACAUCACUUCAAACACGUGACAUUAAUUUAAUAUUAAGUGUUGUAACAAAUAUGGGUACAACUACAAUGGAUGCACCAUUAAAACCACAAGAAGUUCAUGAUCUUGUUAAUCGUACUGGUCGUUUAAUAACAUCCUAUUUUCAAGAAUUUUUUCCCGAUGAUACACAACAAACAUCGCCAAUACCAACAACAACUAAUGCAGAUAAUGAAUUAAUUAAUACAAGUUCAGAUGAUACUAUUGAAGAGCCUCAUACACCAAUCCCAUUAGAACAAACAACAACUAAAAACAAAUUCAACAAAAUAUAUUUACAUCAUCGAAACGACCUAUUUUUUGGAGUUCAUACAACAGCACAUUGUCAGAAAAUGAUAUUUUCUCCAACACUUCUUUCAACAUUAAAAAUUCAAUAUAAAAUAGGCGUUACUAACAUUAGUGGAAUGAAAUCACGUUUUACAGCUAUUAUACAUGAACAUGCUUUACAUUUGUUAAAUAAUAAUAAUUAUGAUCAUCAACAACCUCCAACAGUUAGUUCAGAUAAUCAUCUACGAAUUGAUUUUCCUAAAAUUCUUGGAAAAGUUUCUCGAUUUGAUCAAUUUCAUUUUGGAGCAACAACAAAACAUACACGUUUAUUAUCAUCAUCAGCAAUAGUACUUGUUAUACGUACUGGUUCAACAGAUAUAAAAAAUGUAGAUGAUGAUGUCGAACCGAAAAAAGAUCAACAAACAAUACCACUAACAUUUACAUAUAAACAUUGGAAUGAACAACGUGGUGCAUUUACAAUUACAACAAAUGAUUCAACACGUUUACGUUCAAUUGUUGAUGUUCCAGCAUCUCUUACAUCUAAUAGAGAACUUAAUCUUAUGUUUUAA